UGGCCGAGGCAGGAAAUGAAAAACAGAGGCCUUCAAAGGAAAAAACAGGACCUGAUUAAAGCCCUGCGGGACAGCGCUCACGCCAAGGGACUUCUCGCCUCGGUUCCAAGUGGGGCUGAAGCCUCUUCCAGCGGGCCGCCAGAGCAGAAGCUUGAGGCGCGACUGCUCCUCCGGGCCCAGGAGCUGGAACUCCAGAAAUACCAGCUGGAGCUAGCAGAAAAGGAGGCCCAACACAAGCACAAGCUCAAGGCUGAACAACGGGAGGCACAGCACCAGCAUGAGCACGAGCUCAAGGUACUCCGGUUGCAGCAUGGAGAUGGAGCUGGGGCCAACCCGGCUCAGCCGCUGCCAGCUGCACAGCCCAGAGUGCACACCCAGAACUUCACCCCAUGCAAGGUCAGAGAUAAUCCAGAAGUGUUCCUGAGUGCUUUCAAAAAACAAGCAGACCGAUGGGGAGUGAAAGAGGAAGACUGUCCAAAACAUGUUGCCUGGCUAGUAUCGGGCAGCCUGGCUACUGUCCUGGACAGUCUGCUUGCCAGGUCUGAGAAUAACUAUAGCUCUUUUACAAAGGCCCUGUUUGAGAGGUUUAGGUUGGGGUCCAGUCAUUUCCAGAAAAGGUUCUCCUGGACAGAGGUGAUAGUAGGUGGGAGACCCCACAUCAGGGAGGUGGACACUGGGGUCAGUGUCACUGAUUGAUGCCAACCUCCUUUUGCCCUCUUAUAUAGUUCCUGGAAAGACCCUUACCAUAGAAGUGGUGGGGCACCAGCCAUUCAAGGUACUGGUAGCCCAUCUCCUCAUUAGGUGGAAGGACUGGAGAUGGAGUUGGAACUAGGUGUGUUGAGGCAUGGCCGUGGCCCUGCCCCCAUACUGGUGGGGAGGAAUGUUAUCUUUGGAUGCUUCAGGCUGCAGCAGCACCCCAGAAUCCCAUGGUGGGUUGGUUAAGUACCUACAAGGUCUGUGGGGCAGAAUGCCACUGCUGUCUCUCCCCACAACUCUGCUCCGUGACAAUUUGGUUACCAUGGUCACUGCAGAGGGCAGACAUCCCAUGGGCUCCAGGUAACCCUGAGUUUUAACCUGAGCUGGAUACAUUCCUGAGGGAGGGGGAAACCUGCUCCCUCUGCCUGUGACUGGCAUCACAGGCCUGGGUUGGGGCUUAAGCUCCCUAUUGUUCU